ACACAAACACAAAAACCCUAGUGUUCCAGUAAAUGCCUUGAACCCCAGAGACAGAGGUCGUCGGCUCGUCGCUCUCUUCUUUCUGGGUCUGUAAAAUCUGUACAUACAGAAUCAGAAAUGGUGUGGUUUCAAUGCGAGGACUGUGGAGACAAUCUGAAGAAACCCAAGUUGCCCCACCACUUCAACACCUGCUCUGCUGGCAAGCUAUCAUGCAUCGAUUGUGGUGAGAUGUUUAGCAGAGAAACCGUUCAGGGUCACACCCAGUGUAUUACUGAAACGGAAAAAUAUGGUCCAAAGGGGCAAGUGAAAGCAUCGAAUGGGGGAGCCAAGCCCAAGAAGGAUUCGAAGCAGCCAGCUGAUUUAGAUAUUACUGUUGGGUUAUCUGAGCGCCCGCCGUGGUUUUGUAGUCUUUGCAACACUAAUGCGACCAGUAGGCAGUCACUGAUGCUCCAUGCUGAAGGAAAGAAGCACAGGGGAAAAGCUCGAGCUAUUCAUGCUGCCAAGCAAAAGGCUAUGCAGCCGGAAGAGUCUGCUCCAGAUACAAAACCCCAACCUGAGGAAACUCCAAAAGGAACAGAAGAACCUGCAUUGCAGGAAGCAUCAGGAAUUGAUGCUGUUGAUAAAAGUUCUGAAGCAGAGAAUGGGAAGCUGUCAAAGAAAAAGAGAAAGCUAGAAGAGUCCAAGAAUGAUGAAUCGAGAAAAAAGACCAAGGAUGCUACAUCUGGGGAAGUGGGCAAUGAGAAAGUGAUUCAGAACGGGAAAGCAGAAACAAAUGGAAAAGAGACCAAGUUGAAGAAAGAUAAGGAAGAUGAUGAGACAAAAAUUAAGUGGAAGAAGUUGAUUACAUCAACCUUAAAAUCGAAAGACGGAGUUCUGAAGAUGAGAAAACUGAAAAAACUUGUUCUAGAUGCUAUUGCGGAAUCUGGCAUAACAGAAGAUGAAGAAAGCCUGAGUACAAAUUUUGAGGAAAAGAUCAAUUCAAGUUCCAGAUUUAGAGUUGAGAACAAGUAUGUUCACUUGGUGGUGAAAGAUUAAACUACAGUUGGUAUCGGUGCAACUGAGAGUUGUAGCAUGAUGUUGCAUUGCUCGCCUUCUAUUGCCAUUUAAAUCCAAAAUGAAAUCCAGAUGGUCAGCUGGUCCUCUUGUUGUAUGCAGAGUUAGGAGUCUAGGAUUUGGAGGAGAUUAUGUUAUCUCGGACAUUUUAUCUGUUUAACAAGUUUUCAGAAGGAAUGUCAGUGUCAUUGUUGUAUUCUCAUAUUCAGAAUAGUCUCAUAACAGAACAUCCAUUCUUUAACUGCCUUUUUGGAGGUCUUCCUCUUUGGUAACGAAGGUUUCUUGUU